AACCGUUACAGUUUUCAUUUAGCACAAGAAAGGCUAAGGGCAAAACAAGAAAGAUUAAAAAUUUCAAAUAAUUGGAAAAAGAUAUACCAAAUUUUUGAAAACAUGGAUAUUGGUGGUUCAGCAACAACAAAUCCCAAAGGUGGCAAUGAUAUUAAUGUCAAUGCCAUGGCUAAAGUGGGUAAUGAAGGAUUGGGAGCUGCAGCUGGUGUCUUUGCCAGUGGCAAUAAUAAACAUGGACCAGUGACUACAGGAGCUUUUGGUGAAAUUAGUUCCAAUGGCCAUGGCCUAACCGUUCAACAUGCCAAUACCCAUGGCAUUAGCAAGUCAACAUCAGAAAAUCUACGCAUAAAUGCCUUCAAGAGUGACAACCACUCGGUAGACUUGAAUGCCUUCCAUGGACGCACACAAAUGCAAAAUGGUUUGAAAUUCGAUUCUGUGGGAGCCAAUGCAGCCUGGUCUCAUGCCAAUGGACAUUCGGCCAGUUUGGGAGUAGCACAAAUACCCAAAUUCGAUAUUAAAACUGUCAAUGCCAAUGCAACGGCUAAUUUGUGGACUUCGCCCAAUCAGGCCUCGUCGUUGAAUUUAAAUGCCUUUGGAAGUCAGCACACCAGUGGACCAUUUAGAGGUCAAAAAGAUUUUGGUGGUGGUCUUGGAUUUACCCAUAAAUUCUAAUCUUAGAGUUAACACUUUUUUCCCCAGCCAUAGUAGCGUAUAUAAACAUAAAAGAAAGAUAAGCAAAUAAGAACAUAAACAAAAUAAAAAUGAAAUUAAAUUAACAAAUCAAAACAAAAA